GUGGGGGAGUGCUCGAUAUAUUGUGAAACUCCCUCGAGACAGUUGUAGGACUAAGGAUGGCAGCUUUCGGUGGACAGACGCCCACGAUCAUCGUGCUCAAAGAAGGCACCGACGCCUCUCAAGGCAAGCCCCAGGUGAUUUCCAACAUAAAUGCCUGUCUCGCUGUGCAAAACACUAUCAAAAGUACCCUUGGACCCUAUGGAGGCGACUUACUCCUCGUCGAUGCCAACGGCAAACAGACAAUCACAAAUGACGGGGCAACAGUGAUGCGCCUGCUUGACAUAGUGCACCCUGCUGCCAGGAUCUUAACGGACAUAGCGCGGAGUCAAGAUGCAGAAGUGGGCGAUGGAACUACCUCCGUCGUUGUGCUGGCGGGAGAAAUAUUGAAGGAAGUGAAAGAGUUGGUUGAGCAAGGAGUAUCUACGCAGACCAUUGUCAAGGGACUGAGGAGGGCAAGUGCGAUGGCGAUAAACAAGAUCAAAGAGAUCGCCGUGAGUGUGGAUGACGGUGCCAACAAGAGAGAGACACUCCGAAAACUGGCAGCCACGGCGAUGAGCAGUAAACUCAUUCACCGGAAUUCGGGUUUCUUCACCAAAAUGGUCGUCGACGCAGUCCUCAGCCUCGAUCAAGAGGACCUGAACGAGAAACUUAUCGGCAUCAAGAAAAUCACUGGCGGCGCAUUGGAAGACUCCCUAUUUGUCGACGGUGUGGCCUUCAAGAAGACCUUCUCCUACGCCGGCUUUGAACAACAACCUAAAUCUUUCAAGAACCCUAAGAUCGUAUGUCUGAACGUCGAACUCGAGCUGAAGGCAGAGAAGGACAAUGCAGAGGUACGGAUCGAUCAGGUAUCGGAAUACCAGGCGAUUGUGGAUGCCGAGUGGCAGAUCAUUUAUGACAAGAUGGAGGCAUUAUACAAGACGGGUGCGAAGGUGGUGUUGUCGAAGCUGCCAAUCGGAGAUCUGGCGACUCAGUACUUCGCCGACAGGGAUAUCUUUUGUGCGGGCCGUGUCGCCUCUGACGAUUUGGAGCGCGUGUGUCAGGCAACUGGAGCUGUCACACAAAGCACCUGCAGUGACAUCCUGCCGGCGCAUUUGGGGACGUGUGGACUAUUCGAGGAGCGCCAAAUUGGUGGCGAGCGGUAUAACCUGUUCAGCCAUUGUCCAGAAGCCAAGACGUGUACGUUGAUUCUGAGAGGUGGAGCCGAGCAGUUCAUUGCCGAAGUUGAGCGGUCGCUGCACGAUGCUAUCAUGAUUGUCAAGCGGGCUCUGAAGAAUCAUACCAUCGUCGCUGGUGGUGGCGCCACCGAGAUGGAAAUUUCAGGGUACCUGCACCGAUUUGCGGACAAGAAUGUGCCCCACAAGCAACAGGCGGUGGUAAAGGCAUUCGCAAAGGCCUUGGAGUGCAUACCACGACAGCUGUGUGACAACGCAGGUUUCGACGCCACCGACAUCCUCAAUCGACUGCGGGUGGAACACAGAAAAGGAAACACCUGGGCAGGCGUGGACUUCGACCACGAAGGAGUGCGGAAUAACAUGGACGCCUUCGUCUGGGAACCUGCUCUGGUCAAGGUGAAUGCCGUCUCCGCAGCUGUGGAGGCAGCAUGCCUGAUCCUGAGCGUCGACGAGACAAUCAAGAACGAGGAGAGUCAAGGUCCGCAAGCGCCGGCGAGAGGGUUGCCACCUGGUGCCGCACAGCGAGCAUUAAGAGGGAGAGGCAGGGGGAUGCCGAGGAGGUGAAGAAUUCCAAGUCUAGACACGGCUGCGUUUGGACAUAGGGAGUUCACAGUUUCAUCGGCUUCCCUCUGAGCGGACAUGCAAACAUGGUCCACGCAUACGGACCUGCGGCGCAGGGACAUGAGUAUCUAUGAGGAAUGAAAAAGGAGUCCACGCAUGAUACCACUGAAUAUCCGACUUCUCUCGGCACUUGGGAACGACGUAUUGCCAUCACGAAACAGAUUUCAAAACAACCACUUUCGAGGUGAUGAUAAUCUCGGUUUCUACUACUUCUGCCUGUUUCAGUGCUGGCGGCAGCACAUGUUACUCUUCUCCAGCGCAAUGGAAACACAUGCGGAAAACCAAGUGCUGCAAGACUGAGAUACGAAAGUGCCCUCGACCGACCGGCGCUCAGCAUGUUUAGCUGAAGGCAUUGGCUGAAGAAGAUGUCGGGUCGGCGAGUGAUUGACGUGUCAGGACAUAGAGUAGUUGGUUACGCGAAGGGACUUCGAGACGGCUUGCUGCACCGGACCCUCAGCCUCGUGAAUAGAUAAAAGUAUUAGGACACAAAGGCCAGGGGCCAAGUCCCUCGAGAUCACGGUAUGUACCGAGCUUACCUCCCAUCCACCAUGGCGCCGGAACCAUUCGCGAGGCGCCGGAAAAAUUCACUCGCUUCUGUAAGCCACUUCACUAAGCAAUAUAUAAGGGGGCCCCCUGUACUUUUGUCCACUGAUCGUAUCGGCACCCUCUGCCCC